AUGGUUGCAGCCACCAACGCACAAUGCACCUUCACAGACAAUAACAACAACACAUACGACUUCUCUGGCAUGACCAAUAAUACUCAAUACUCAUACGGAACCAGCUUGGGUGGUCCCAAGUACUACUGGAACAUCUGCCAGAACGCCCAAGUUUGCUCUCAGUCAUCCACUGGUCUGCAGCCAACCACUGCUGCUUGUCAACUCUCCUCAUCCAUCUACAACAGUCUUGGUCUUCUUGCCUCUGGAGCAUUUGGUUUGUUGCCCUCUGGAAAGAAAGGAGCCACCCUAACCUACACCGACGCGGUCCUGGCCUGUGCCAGCAGAACCAAGGCCCGCAAGGCCCUCAUCGAUCUCCAGUGUGUCCCAGGUGCACCCACCCAAACCGUCAGCAUAGCAGAGACCGAGGCAGGAUCGUGCAUCUACCAAAUCAUCAUGACCAGUGGUCAGGCCUGUCCAAUCGUUGUGAAUACAUCCACCUCCUCAGCUACCACGUCGUCUCCAACAACAACAACAAUAACUACCAUCCUUGGCUCAUUACUUGUAGCCACCAUCAUACUGUUCCUCACUGUGUAA